AGCGAGGUGCCGAGCAGUUGCCGGCACCGCCGCGGAGGAGACGCCAGCGAGACCUGCCCGUCCUUGUCGCGCCGCGUCCCGCCCCGCCGUCAUGUCCAACUACAUCCACGUCCCGCCCGGCUCGCCGGAGGUGCCCAAGCUGGACAUCACCGUCAGCGAGCAGGAGGGGCCCGGGUACCGCCAGGGCGCCCUGCAGCUCCUGCGCCGGCUGCGCCCGCACUGGAGACCCGAGGAGGUGACGCUGCAGCUGUUCACUGAUGGAAUCACCAAUAAAUUAAUUGGCUGCUACGUUGGUGACAUAACAGAUGAUGUCGUUCUAGUUCGGAUCUAUGGAAAUAAGACCGAGCUCUUGGUGGAUCGAGAUGAGGAAGUGAAGAGUUUCCGUGUGUUGCAGGCCCAUGGCUGUGCCCCCCAGCUGUACUGUACUUUCAAUAAUGGCCUGUGCUACGAGUUCAUGCAGGGAGAAGCACUGGAUCCAGAGCAUGUGUGCAAUCCAGAUAUUUUCAGACUCAUUGCUAGACAACUUGCUAAAAUCCAUACUAUUCAUGCACACAAUGGGUGGAUCCCUAAAUCUAAUCUAUGGCUGAAGAUGGGGAAAUACUUCUCUCUCAUACCCACAGAAUUUGCAGAUGAGGAAGUAAAUAAAAGGUUUUUAAGUGACAUUCCAAGUCCUCAAGUUCUUCAGGAAGAGAUGGCCUGGAUGAAGGAAAGACUCUCAAAUUUAGGAUCACCAGUGGUACUCUGUCACAAUGACCUGUUGUGUAAGAAUAUUAUUUACAACAAGAAACGAGGUGAUGUGCAGUUCAUAGACUAUGAGUACUCUGGAUACAACUACCUGGCUUAUGACAUUGGAAAUCACUUCAAUGAAUUUGCAGGAGUAAAUGAGGUAGACUACAGCCUUUAUCCUAACAGAAAAUUACAGGAACAGUGGCUGAGAUCUUACCUUGAGGCCUACAAAGAAUAUAAAGGAUUUGGCACAGAAGUCAGUGAAAAAGAAGUUGAAGUUCUGUAUGUCCAAGUCAAUCAGUUUGCACUGGCUUCCCACUUCUUUUGGGGAUUGUGGGCUCUAAUUCAAGCCAAAUAUUCCACCAUUGACUUCGAUUUUCUAGGGUAUGCAAUUGUUCGGUUUAACCAGUAUUUCAAAAUGAAACUGGAGGUCAUGACGUUAACUCUUCCUGAGUAACGAAGAGGAGGACACUUACCAAGUGGAUGGACAACCCCUGGAUCUUUUCUGAGAACAGAUACUGGAAAAAAGCUAAACAUUUGUUGAAGUGCUGUAAUGCUCACUUGGUGGUUCUUGCUUUAUAAAUAAUGCCUCUAAACAGUCCUUCAAUGUUAAAUUUAAUAUGAAGAGCAUACAUACUGCUGUUGAUAUAAAACGGAUUAGAAACUUGCUAAAUCUAUAAAAAGUUGUAGAAAUGGCAAUUUAAUCCUUCUUUGUAAUUUAACAUAUGUUGUAUGUGAAUUAUUUAUUAUAAGUUUAACAUGAUUCCAUUGCUGCUUUCAUCAGUUUUUGUUAAAGUUGGGUGCAGACAGUGAAGUUGUUCCAAAGGAUUCAUUUAACAACUUAUUUUAUUGAAGUUGCAUUAACUUAUGCUGAAGAAGACUUGUCAGAGAAUAUUACCCUCUAAGAUGUGUACGAGCAAAAUGAGUGACAAUAGACUUGUGAGAUCUCCAGUGUAACUAGGGAGAAGGAUUAGGAUUGUCUUUUUAUUUUUCCCCUUUUUUUUUUAAAGAAAAUGGUAGCUUUCCAUAUGAUGGUACUUUUCUUUUCUUUUCUUUUUUUUUUUUUUUUUGCACAAGAAUCAACCGGCUUGCUGAAAUGAUAAUUGAAGUUUUGAUUUUUUUUUCUUGAUGUGUUAAGCUGUAGAAAUGUGAAAGUUCUGUGGCCAUAAGGCUCUCUGAGGGCAUGUACCAUCUGUAACUCCUGUGCGAAAGCUGCUUUUUUAUUAAGUGUACUCUUGAAAACAAAAGACCACUGUUCCAAAUCUAUAUUCCUUUUUGAAACUUGAUUCUAAAUUUGAACACUAUUCUGGUGUCUGUAUUUGAUGUGCUUCAGUAGGAUCUAGUGGAACAGAUGUUGAACUGGAGACGAGUGAGCAGAGAUCCUGUUGCACUGGGGAGCAAGACACAGGUUUACAGUUCAUGUGUUGUUGACAUCUUUCUGCUUUGUCAUCUUCUAACCUUGGAUUCUAAGUCUUAAAUGCCUGGUCCUGUAGCUGUGCAGAUUCUGGUGUGUCUGGUGGUUCUUUUUUUUUUUUUUUUUUUCUGUCAGCAAAUUGCUUUUCGAAGUCUCCAGUCUGAAGGACAGUAUGGAAAAGUGUAUGACUUGAGCAACUGGGCUUUGAUCAUCACACACACUUUCUUAUUUCUUAAAGCUAUUAUACCAAGAAUGGUCUGGAUUACAAAAUGUGAAUUGAAAAGACAAUGUUUACUUAAUGGGACAAUGUAUAAGUUUGUGUGGAAAAGAGGCUUUAACUCUGAA